UCGGCACAGGAGCGAGCCGCCCCCCUACACCACUACCACACCUCGUCCUCCCGUGUGCAACAAGUGUCUGGAAGCGUCUCACCAGUUACUAUUAUCACUCCCGAGUAUUUAAAGAACACAUUAAAACGUGUUUUUGAUUAUAUUAAUCAGCUGUUUAAAGGGAUCUACCACGUGGCUUUGUUGACACUUUUUUGGGGGGACACUAACGAUAGGAUAGAUCUUGUGAUGAGAUGUCUUAAGAAUCAGAGUUGAUCUUCCUCGAGUGAUUACCAAGAUGAUCUCAUUUUGUUUUAUGUAAAGUUAGAACGUAUACGAUAAUAAAUAACAAAGGUACGUAGUCAUUACAGUAGUUAAGAUCGACUCUACCUGCGUGAGUGAGUGGCUGAUUCUUCCCGGGAACUGACUUGACCUGCUACGUCAGCGCCACCGCACAUGCCAUCUACCUUCUGAGAUGUGGGCCUCAAGGAGGACAUGUCAGCCUCACACCUCGUCCUCCAGGGUGUCAAGGGGCGCCCCUGGCCCUUCCUCGUGACCCUGGAAACCUCCCCUAAGCUGUUAUCGGGUACAAAAGGUGCAGUUUGGAGUAAUGGCAGGUAAUAACACCUCCUCACCUGACCCUGUGACCACGCCCACGCCGAGGGACACCCACUACACGCCCUCCACCACCACCACCACGAUCACACCACCCAUCACCAUUAACACCAUUCCCACCGGCACGACCCCACCCCAGCCCACCACCGCCCCUGCACCCACCUUGCCCACAACACCGAAGCUGCUGGACCGCGUAUCUAAUAUGGACGACUUCCAGAACGACUACAUUGAAGAUCGACCACCACCACCCUCCUCCUCGUCCUCCUCCUCGUCCACACACCUGCGUUAUGAUCACCCAUUCCCGGAGGUGAUCGUCCCGGCGGGUGUGCCAGUCUACCAUGAGCCUCGAGUGCCCUACGGUCACCACUCUAGGGGCCUCAGUCCAGGGGGGAACUUCAACAAGGUGCCCUCCCCUCCUGCCGUGUCUGUAGGGACUGUGACGGUCAGGGUAGAGGAGAUAUGCCUGGUGUUGGUGGUGUUGAUGUUGUGGGCUGGUGCCAUUACGCUCUUCAUUAACAGGUGGGGGAAGCUACGCAUGCUGGAGCCCUACCAACCAGCCUACACAGCACCUGAGGUCCCUCCACGCCCUCCACCUCCUCCACUAGGGCCCUUCAUCAACAUCCAGAGCACCUCGGACCUCACACUGACUGACGGGGGGGCAGCUGGGGGUAGACAUGACUGGGGGGCACCUGAGAGCUACGGCAGGGGGUCACUAGCGAGCGGGUACCUGGGGAUGGAAAGGUCACCCUCUUGUCUUAGCGUUAGGACUCUCAACCCGCAGAGGAAGGUGAAGAGCGCCGUCGAUUUGGUGUCUCUGGUUAUGCAGGAGAAGAUGUCGUCCAAUAUACACCUGGCAGCUACUAAUGUCUAGACACCUGACGGGUUUUUCGAGGGAGUUUUUGGAUUUUACCGAUGUUUACACACCUGGUCUGGCUAUUACAAAGGUCUACACACCUGGUCUGGCUAUUACAAAAGUCUACACACCUGGUCUGGCUAUUACUAAGGUCUACACACCUGGUCUAACAAUGUCCAUAUAUAUGACCUGGCUAUUACAAAAGUCUACACACCUGGUCUGGCUAUUACUAAGGUCUACACACCUGGUCUAACAAUGUCCAUAUAUCUGGCCUGGCUUUUACCGAUGUCUAUACACCUGGUCUGAGUGUUACUAAGGUCCACACACCUGGCCUAAGAAUUAACAACCAAUUAAGGUCACAAUCUGACUCUGUAGAUCUCAUGUAUAGAAUUAAUGUAGUUGAUGUUUAUAUUUAAUUUUAUAGUGUUUAAUAAUUGUGCAGUAUGGAGGUGCCGCAGAACCUAACCAAACCUAACCAAACCGAACCUAACCUAACCAAACCUAAC